AGUGAUCCAAAUCCUCUUGACCCUAAUAGAGAUAUAGUUUUGGUUACUAGAUGGGUACGAACUGAUGAAUCUGCGAGUUUCACACAACAACAACUCAAACAAUUCCGUGAAGCUCAAAGACAGAAUAUUAUUAACAAUUCUGUGCUCUAUAAUAGUCUCUUGCAAAAUCCUGAGGCAACUCCGAAUAUUUCCGCCAAAGUAUGGAAUAGUAUUGCUAGGAAUGAUAAUGUUAGUUCUGUAUUUCAGGCUCCUGAUGCUAUCCAUUUCUUUGGUGGCUCAGAAAACAUGAGGUCUCAUAUGAUGCAAAUUGCAUUCAAAAUUGAUCCGGAUUUUUCCAAUUUAGCUGCAGAAUUUUCUUACAUAAUUCAAACAAUAUAUGAAUUUGCAAAAAAAAGAAAAUUUCCAUUUAAUCAAUUUUUACAUAUUAGAAUCAUAAAAUCCAGUGAAGCAUUAUUAUCUAAUACUUUCGAUCAUGAUCCAGAAACUUUGUAUUGUCAAAUAGAUUUUGUAACAAAUCUUGGCACUUCUGGAUGGGAAGAAUUUGCACAAUUAAUGGCGCAGAGAUAUUUUGAUAAGUACAAAGCAAAACCUCAUUGGGGAAAACAAUGGGAGAUUAUUCCAAACGUGCAAUCUUAUCUUUCUGGUGUUUUAUCAGAUCAAAUUAAACAAUUCGAGAAAGUACGCGCAAAGCAUGACCCCGAUAAAAUUUUCUUUGAUAAUAAGUCUUUACAGGAUAUAUUUAGUCUUGCUUUAUCUUCAUGA